UAUAAAAGAAGUGAAUAUAUAAACCGAAAUCACAAGAUUUUGGGGGACUGCCAUUUUCAAAUCACUGCAAAGAGCGAAACGAGAUCCCAUUUUUUGAUUUUUCAAACCACGUUGCUGACUAAAGCCCUCUCUCUCUCCUCUUUUCUCUUAAAGUAAAGCUUGGUAUUUUCCCUUCAUUUUCCACCACUUUCUAGGCUAUUUUCCGGGAAAAAAAGAACCAGGAGCAGAUUUAACUGGUCGACAACGCAUGGCCAAUAAAAGAGAUAAAGGUUUCUACCAUAGCCUUUCAAGGAAAGAGCUUCAAAGUUUAUGUAAAAAAUAUGGUUUACCUGCUAAUAGGUCGAGCUCGGAUAUGGGGAAAUCAGUGGCCUCCUAUCUAGAGACCCAGAGAUUGGGUUCAAUGACUACAACGGAAAGAUCAGAUGAGAUUCAAGAGUCUGGAAUUCCGUUGGCCCUGAAACCCCCUUUCAGGAAUGCUGAUAAAGAUUUUUACGGACUCAUCUCUUGUCCAGCAGACAGUUUUAAUGGAGGCAAUUAUCCUCAAUCUGUUAAAUGUAAUGCAUUCGGUUGUUGUGCAGGGGAUAAUUUUUAUCAUAAGGAUGGCUAUGGUGUUGGUUCUACUUUUUUCCAGCAAACACCACAGCCUCAGUUUGUUACUCAGUAUAAUGACAAUGGUUCUAGGAAUAACGAGUUCCCAACAACAUUCUUCAACAGAAAUUGUUUGACUCUCACGAGGGAUGGAAGGAUGAAUGAUAUGCCUCAAACUGAACACAAAGACACAAAUGUUGGUGCAUGUUCUAAUGAGGCUGCGUUCUGUUCCUCCAUAAAUACUCCUACUCUUUCUCCUUCUUUUCAGUUUCACGUCAGUUCAGAAGAGGGGAUUAACCUUUAUGUUGAUUUAAAUUCAAACCCAUCUGAAUGGGUUGAGAAAUUGAAGGGUCAGGUUUCCAUAUGCCAGGAAAUGUCCCAUAGCAAGUCUCAGAGUUUUCAUAAGGAGCUUGGAUGCUUUGGGGAAAGUAGUAAACCAGUGAAAGAUUCUUUUCAGUUGAAUGUAGAUGCUGAGAAAAUAAAGGAUAGCCAUAUACACUCUGGAUUACCCCCAAGUUUGAUCAUAAAAGAAAAUGAUGCAUUGCAGCUUGAUCAUCUUGAUGGGGAUGAUGAUGGGCCUUUGGAUUCCACUGCAAUGACAUCACGUGCUGAAGCCGUAGAAGUAUCACAGCUUUUAGAAGGACAUCAGGGAUUGUCCUCAUUUAAAGCUCUUCCUGAUUUUCAAGAUGAAGUAAAUUAUUCUGGUGUAUCCUCUGCCAAAGAUGGGUGUUUGAUAACUCUUGAUUCAAAUAUUAAUUCUCCUCAGGAGAUGUUAGCUAGUGAUGGCCUGUUAAAUAUAUCAGAUGGUCCACUAAAUCUUCUCACAGUGAAGCAUCAGAAUUCUAAUCUUGAAAACGAAAUAUGUGAUAAUUCUGCCUUGCAUAAAGGUUCUAAUCUUGUGAGUUCUGGGGAAAUUGGGCCUGGAUGCCUGUCGGAUGGUUCAUUGCAGAUGCCAAUGCCAAUGCCGAAAGAUGUUGUUCACCAGAAAAACAAAUUACAUCCACCUCGUGGAAAUGGUCAAUUUGUGAAUUUAGUUGAUCCAAAGCAUAAUAUUUAUGCAGAUCCAGGCGGACUAGUAGGCUCUACUGGGCUUGAUCAAGAGACAUAUAGGAAUCAGUUGCCCAUAUUAGUUGAAGAACAGGAUAGGAGCAAAAUUAUUAAUUGGGGAGAGAGUUUGGAAUGCUCACACAAUGAGUUAUUUGAAAAUUGUGGAAUGCUUGAUAAUGUUGAUUCUAAUGGACUCGGGAAAAAGGGAGCAUAUGUAAGUGGUGAUCAAAAUAAUUGUAGCAUGCUUGAUUCCAAGGUUUUAAGAAGCGCAAAGCAUCUUAGUAGGAAGGUUCUUCCUCGAAGAUCCAUGCGGCUGGUUUCCAAGGUCACUUCAAUCUUUGCAGAACAGUUUCUCUCAGACAAUAAUAAGGUGAGCAAGCUAUCAUUUCAAAUUGUUUGGUGCCUUCAGUUUUUCUUCUCUUUCUGCAAAUUUCAAAGCAGAUCGUUAGUUUUUGAAAAUUGAUACACACAUAAAAACUAUUCCUUGCUGCUAAUGCCAAUGUUGUAGUUAAAUUUAUUCCCCGUUGAUUCUUUAUAAACCGCUUUGUUUGUAUAUUUGUGCGGGUCAUAAUCCUUCCCUCCCACAAACAAAUAGGUAAUUUGCACAAUCAAAAUUUCAGAUUUGUUGAAUAUUUUUGGUGUGAGUUGAUGUGAAGUACGCAGUAACUGUGGGUGAAGAUCUGAAAUUCUUUAUUUCAUUCUGAUCAUGCUAGAAAAGAGUUCUUUCUCUUAAUCUCUAUUAGACGGAGUCUUUGACAAUGGUUGUCAUAUGGAUGUCAGAUGUUUCAUCAGAAAAGUGGACAAUGAAUGUGUUGGAAACUUCAUUACAAAAUUAGACAAGAAGAUUGGUACCUUUUUUCUGGUUUGACCCAUAUACCUACCCUUAUAGUAUAUCCUCUUUCGAUUUUGAUUUUUUAUUGUUUGUAUCUUGAAAGCUGAAGUAGAAAAGUUACACAUCUGUAUUAUUUGGAUAGCGUUGACAAAAUUUUAUCCUAAAGAAGCAGAGACAUUUUAGUGGUGAAGUGUCAGACUAAUAAGAAACAUUUGGAAGAUUUGAAUAUGAAAAAUAUGAUAUGAAGAUGAACAAAAUGUCGAUUGGGGUUUUGGAAAAUAUGAUAUUCGGAUAAGUGGUUCCGGUUUGUGUGAUGAUAAUCUUGUGAGAGCGCCUUUGGUUCACACAAUGUGUGAUAUAUUCUCAACUUCGGAAGAAGAGGUAAAAUUAUCACGAGGGAUUCUAUAUCAAAGCUAGAUUGUAUUUUAUUCUUUUUAUUUAAAAAAUAGAAAAAUUAAUCUUGUAUAUUAGAUAAAAAAAAUGGUAAAUCGAUUUUUUUGUUAAAA